GUGAAAUAUAAAAUUCCAGAGUUUUCUUCAAAAAUAUGAGCUAAUAUGGGGAGAAAAGUGAGCUAGCUUAAAAAUCACAAAGUUAAGAUAGAGUAGAAACAACAACAGGCUAAUGUUCCAGAACUUUCCACCACAUGAACCAAACCCACCUUGUUUUUUGAAAAACUGGGUAACAUAUUGUCGGCCCUUGGCCUCUCUCUCCCUCCUUAUCUUUUUUUCUUGGUAGUGUCUACAGAUACGGACCGUACCCAUAGCCUGCGGGCUACGAAUGCGGUACUUUCCAUUUGCCAGACAGAUACGGACCCGUACGCGAGUCUCGCGAGUCAAGAAGCUGCUAACCACUGCAAACUGUUGAAAGGUAAGCAAAGGUUAAGGUUAGGGUUAGUGUUAGGGUCAGGUUUAGGGUCCAUACCUGUAGUACCGAUGCAACGGGUCCAUACCUCCUGCGUCUACCGGGAGUCACGUGACCAGAUCUCGCAUAUCUGAUUAGCAAAUGGAAAGUACGGAUCCGUACCUCUAGCAACUACCUUUUUUCUUUUCGUUUCUGACUACCUGACUUCUGAGGCAUACUGUCCUCACCCUACUCAGUCUGACUGAAGCACUGCGGCAUGCAGCAGUUCAGUUGAUUCAGUAGGACUGAACCAUUUUACGUAAAAAUAUUUAUUUGUGAUUAUAAAUUACCAAGAUAGUGCCAUAUUCAUUUUGUCAGUAUUAUAAUUUUAUCAGGGGCCUUUCUGGGCCCCUGUUAAUGAUGGGCCCCUAGAAUCCUUCCCCUUUUCCCCUCCUUUUCGGCGCCCCUGUACAUAACAUAUUUCUUAAUUAGGUACACUUUUAUCAUAGCAAAAGGACUGAAAGCUUCAGAAAAUUACAGCUAAAUAGAAGACUAAAAAUUUUUGACACAUGGUAAUCUCCCCUUGAUUCAGUAAAAGUGGUACUAAUUGUUGGCCAUGACCAAGGCCACCAAAGAUUAAUUUUGUCACGGGAGUGAAACUUGGAGCACAGUUGGACAGCUGUGUAAACUCAGUAAAGAUUGGCUUCCUGACAAAGGCUCAAGUUGGGGGAAAAAAAUCAGUUUGGAAACCUUGCUUUAUACUGACUCCUUUUUAAGGAUGACUAAUACAAGUCCAUGUGGUGUGAUUUCUGACUUUUUUAUUUUUUUUUCUUCAGAAAUUAGCCUUUAUCUUUCUUUGCCCACUGGAUGUGUCAUUUCUGUUCAGCCAGUGGUUGAAGUCAUCCAAGGGUAAGUAUAGAGGAAAGAGUCAUGGACACAAAAUGGUUAAAUAUUACAUAAGAUGCAACGACGAGAAAACAGACCCACUCACUGCACAUUGGUUCAAGGGAGGGUCUCCUUUAUAAAAGUAGUGCUGACGAUCCACCUGGUUCUCUUCCUUUAGUCAUGACGGCGAUGCUGGGGAUUUUGGUUGUUGCUGUGUUUCUGGAGACGGUGUCUGCGACCUCUCUUGGCGUGGUUUACACAGAGGGAGGAAUGGUGGAGGGUGAAAACAUUCAUAUCGGCUCUGGCCAUUACAUGGACGUCUUUAAGGGGGUUCCCUUUGCUGACAUUCCUGGAAGGUUUGAAAAACCGAAGCGUCACCCUGGCUGGGAUGGUAUUUUGAAGGCCACGGAGUACGGGAAGGAAUGCCUUCAGGUGAACAGUUUUGUCAAUGGCACCAGUGGCAGUGAGGACUGUCUCUAUCUUAACAUCUGGGUUCCUCAUGGCAGCAUAGUGUCUAGUGAUCUGCCCGUCAUGGUCUGGAUUUAUGGAGGAGGCUUUAUGAUUGGAAACUCAAUGGGUUUUUACUUGGAUACCAAUCUUUACAGCGGCCAGCAGAUAGCAGAAAGAGGAAAUGUUGUUGUGGUGACGCUGGCGUACCGUGUGGGAACUCUGGGCUUCCUGAGCACUGGAGAUUCCAGUCUGCUUGGAAAUUAUGGUCUGUGGGACCAGCAGGCUGCCAUCGCCUGGGUGCACAGAAACAUUCGCUCAUUUGGAGGAGACCCUGACAACAUCACCAUCUUUGGAGAGUCUGCAGGUGGAGCUAGUGUCAGCUUCCAGACUCUAACUCCCCACAACAAAGGACUGAUCAAGAGAGCCAUCUCCGAGAGUGGGGUCGCACUUUGCAAUUGGGCUGUCAACAGAAACCCCCGCAGCGUCGCUGAGGAGAUUGCUUUGAGGGUCAACUGCCCGACGGAUCACAAUAUGGCUUCCUGUUUGAAGAUGACGGAUCCUGAGCAACUUACAAUGGCAGGCGUCUUCGAUCAGACCAGUUCCCCUGAUGACCCCAUGAUAUACAAAAUGUACCUGGUUCCUGUGAUUGACGGUGACUUCCUGCCGGAUGAGCCUUCCAACUUGUUCCACAAUGCGGCAGACAUUGACUACAUGGCUGGAGUCAAUGACAUGGAUGGAUUUACCUUCACUACUGAUGAUGUUCCAUCAAUUAACUCUGACCAGGUGGACACCCCGAUAGGGGAUGUGAAGAGACUCUUGGUUUCCUACACGAAGGACAAGGGUGCAGCUGGUUCAGAAAAUGCCUACUUCACAUACACCUCAACUUGGGAAACUAAUCCCAGCCAGAAGACCAUCAAGAAAACUGUUGCAGAAAUUGGAACAGACUACAUUUUUCUGGUUCCGACACAGGCUGCACUCUACCUUCAUGCUGCCAAGGCCACAACUAAACACACCUACUCCUACCUCUUCUCUGAGCCCAACAAUUUGGCCGGCAGCUUUUAUCCCAGCUGGAUGGGAGCUGACCACUUUGAUGAGGUGCAGUAUGUGUUUGGAAGACCUUUCACCAAAAUGACAGAGUUCUUGCCUCAACAUCUUGACCUUUCUGGCUACAUGAUUGCCUACUGGACCAACUUUGCCAAAACUGGAGAUCCCAACGAAGGAGGACUGGAAGUGCCUGUUAGAUGGCCCAAAUUCACCAGCACUGGACAGCAGUAUCUGGAGCUUCAUCAUGACAUGGACCAAAGCUCUGUAAAGGAGAAAAUGAGGUUGCGUUUUGUGCAUUUCUGGACUAGCAUCCUGCCCAACCUUCCCUCAGUCUUCUCAGAAUAAAGACGCAAUGAUCACCUAUGCACCUGCAAUGUAAUAUCAUGUCAGUAUUGAUUCAUGAAAAAUAAAUGAAUGAUGGCUGUUUGUUAUUUCAUUGGUUUUAUUUUACUAAGCAUUUAAAUUUACAGUAUACCUGUACAGUACUACAACUUUACCAUAUGGCACGUGUCAUUACUGGUGUUUUUGACUUAAUAUUGCUGUCACAUGGUUUUAGAUCUUCUGUUAUAAUAUCAGGCCAUUUCAUCUUAAAUCAUCAGAGAUAUUCUGCUUAGCCAUCGCUGAUUUGCUUGAGACUUUACAAUAAACUAUGCUUAU